AUUCAUUUCAUACCUAGCUAGCUUGUCAUUUAUUCUCUCUCUCCUCUCUUUCUCUCAUAUAUCCCAAAACUUCUGCAACUACUCCACUCCUCAAGUUUUUCAUCAUCAAUGGAGUGAACCCCAUUUCACAAAAGAUAAAUAAGUGUCUUAUUCCAAACAAGCAUUCCUUUAAUCUCUUUAGAGAAGUGCUUCUUGCUAGAGAUCAAUCACAAGGAGAAUUAAUCAAAGGAUCAAGAUGGAGCUGUUUCCGGCACAACCAGACUUGUCCUUACAAAUCAGCCUGCCAAGCAGCAACCGAGGCACGGCAGGAGGAGGAUGGAGAAAUACAAGGACAAUAGAAGAAGAAGAAGGCAUGGAUUUGGGGUUCUGGAAAAGAGCUUUGGACCAGUCGAAAAACUCAUCAUCAUCACCCAUCUUUAAUUCUUCAAUGUCUUCUAAAUUGUCCUCAAUUGAUAACAACAACAACAAUAUCAGUACUAGUGCUAAUUCUCUUUUUGAUCUGUCUUUGUCAAAUCCAAGCCUAGCUAAUUCUCAUCAAAAGCCACUCCUCUCUAACAACCAAGACUUCCAUAAUCUCCUCCACAACCACCACCACAACAACCAUCUUUUCCAACGCUCCCCUUUUCAUCAUCAGAAUUACCAACACAACCCCCCAAAUAUCAUUCACCACAUGUAUAAUCAGACUCCUCAUCAUCACGGAGGAAGAGGGUUAAGCUCAGAUGAGAUUAUGGGGUAUUUGAAACCCAUAAGAGGAAUUCCAGUUUACCAAAACCCUCAUAGUACUCCUAUUAAUAAUGUUCCCUCCCUCAAUUUUCCGUUUGCUCAACAGCCUUGUUCUCUUGAUUCGCCGUCAUCUCUUUCAUCUUCAUCCCCGACUUCCACAAACCCUAAUAACAGCUUCCAGUCUCAAGUAGGGUUCAUGAGAUCAAGAUUUCUUUCCAGAUUUCCACCUAAACGUAGCAUGAGAGCCCCCAGGAUGCGGUGGACUACAACGCUCCACGCUCGCUUUGUUCAUGCUGUUGAGCUCCUUGGUGGCCAUGAAAGAGCAACACCUAAGUCUGUUCUUGAACUCAUGGAUGUGAAAGAUCUCACUUUGGCUCAUGUUAAAUCUCAUCUACAGAUGUAUCGAACUGUGAAGACAACUGAUAGAGCUGCAGCUUCUUCUGAUCUAUUUGAAAAUGGGUCAUCUGGUGAUACUUCUGAGGAUCUGAUGUUUGACAAUAUUCAAAACCCGAGAAGGUCACAUGACGAUGAAUCAUCUCAACAAGGAAAAUCCAAAGCUCACCAGUUAGAUAAGGAAUAUCAAGGCCAAGGCCUCUGGACAAACUCAUCUUCAAGGGAAGCUUGGUUGCAUGGGAAGCAAAGUGAUUGUGGAGAUAACAACAUUCCUGUUAUAUCUCUGGAUGAUGAGGAGGAAAUGCAUGGGAAGUGCUUAAGCAGCUAUGAGACAACAAGGAACAACUUAUUAAAGCAGAAGCCUAAUCUUGAAUUUACUUUAGGAAGACCACUCUGUUAGAAGACUACUUGUACUGCUAGCUAGCUCUUACAAGCUUAUAUUAAAUGUAUGUAAGAUGUAAUGUUACUCAUUUUGAAAUAAUUACAAGUUGUGAUGGGGAGCUGGUGAGGAGAAUCAGGUACCCACUUGGGAAAGAUGAGUGAGAGAGAGAGGAAAAAGGAAAAGUGAGGGAAAAGGAAAGGAAAGGAAAGGAAAGGAGAGCUAAAGAAAGACAAAGAGACAAGAAAGACAGAAAAAAGCAGCAUCAUUGCUGUUCAAUUCCUUCUUAAUUGUCAUCUUCAAUCAAGCAUUGGAGUGAGAUCUGCAGUAGUGUUGCAUUAGUCGUCAGUUUAUGAUAUUCCUACGUAAAUAUCACUACUUUUUGAAUGUUUUUAUCCCCAUUAUAGACAGAAUCAAGAGAUUGGUAGAAGCCUCUGAUAUGAAGCACAUUGUAAUAUUACUCAUGAGUAUAUGUAGUCAUCUUUGGCCACUGUAAUGGAGAACUUUAUAAUAUUUGUAUGAAUGGUGUGUAUUAAUGAUGAA